AAUUCGCAGCUAUGGUCCGGUUAAAAGUCACGGAAUUAUGUUUAGUGGUGACAGUGUUAUGCGCAGUCAUAUAUGCAUCAAGAGCACAAUAUGCUCAACCAGCAUUAGAUUUAGAAGCUUUUGCUACUAGUCACCAUGAAGAACAUGGUCAUAAACAUCAUCACGAUUCCCAUGAAGAGCAUGGAGAAAAAGGUGAAAAGGAUCAUCAUCAUCACCAUCAUCACAAGAAAGGUGAUAAGGGUCACCACAAGAAGGACCAUCAUCAUGGAUUCCAUGAAGAGCAUGGUGGUCAUAAAAAACAUCAUCAUGACGAGGGUGAUUCCUAUGAACACCAUGACGAACAUGACCAUGGACACAAAGGACACAAACAUGCUGCUAAAAAGGGACACAAGAAGGGAGAAAAAACUCACGGAUUCCACAAGAAAGCUCACAAAGAUGAAUAUCACAAGGAACAUAAAUUCUAUGAUGACUUCCAUAAUAGUGGACAUCAUCACAAGCAUGGUGAUCAUCAUGACCAUCACCACAAGAAGGAUGGACAUCACAAGAAAGGUGAAAAUCAUCAUGCAGGCCAUCACCACCAUCACAAAGCUGAGAAAGGACAUCAUGACAAAGGGCAUUAUGAUCAUGAUCACAAGGAUCAUCAUGGAAAACAUGGCUAUGAUAAGCAUCAUCAUCAUCAUGACGACUAUGGUAAAAAGGGAGGCCAUCACCACGAACAUAAACAUGGAUACCAUAAAGGCCAUAAAAAGCAUCAUGGAUAAUUUCAUUUGAAAUAGAAACAGUUUUAAUGAUGUACAUUAAUAAUACAGUAAACACAUUCAUUAAAAUACUGUUCUGUAGAAUACAAUUUUAUCUGUGUGAUUAUUUAUUUGCCAAGUAAUAUCAUCCAAUUUUCUUCUUCAUGUGAAAAUACUGUUUUCAAAUCAAUAUGUAUAUUAUUGUUCACUUUUCUGGGUUUUAUGAAUUUAUA